AAUAAAAAAAAAUCACAAUAUAUUUCCAUUUCUAUCGAGAUAUCCAAUGAAAACCGUCCUUCGGGUUCAUACCAUUUCUCCUCUUUGCAAAUUCCAACAUCAUACAUGAACAUAAUACAUGCUCCUAACUUCUUUUUGGCUCCUCUUCAGUAAUUCAGUAAUUGCUCGGAAUUCUCAGUUCAAUUUUGUCUUCUUUUAUUAACUACAAACGUUUACUUCUCUCAUAAUCACUAAUCCCAUCCUUUUCUAUGCAAAAUUGGCACAAUCUAAACUCCCUAAUUACAGUGUACACUAAUGGCUUCUACUCAAUUUCUUCACAGUUCAAUUCUCUACAACUCUUUCAAUUCAACGAAAAGAAGCAAUUUUUCUACAAUUAGAGUAAAUGGGUCUCCUAAUUACCAAAAAAUUAAUCUUGGAAGGCACCCAUCUUUCAAACCCAUGUCUUCUCUUGACCCACAACAAUCUGGGGAAAGAAGAAAAAUUGAGAUUGUAUAUAACCCAGAAGAGAAACUGAACAAAUUAGCAGAUGAAGUAGAUAAGGAAGCUGGUCUUUCUAGGCUCACUCUUUUCUCACCUUGUAAGGUGAAUGUCUUUCUGAGAAUAACUGGAAAGAGGGAGGAUGGGUAUCAUGAUUUGGCAUCCCUAUUCCAUGUAAUCAGUUUGGGGGAUAAAAUUAAAUUCUCUUUGUCACCUUCAAAGACCAAGGAUAGUCUAUCAACAAAUGUGCCUGGAGUCCCCCUGGAUGAUAGAAAUCUGAUAAUCAAAGCCCUAAAGUUGUAUCGCCAGAAGACAGGCAGCGACAAGUAUUUUUGGAUUCAUCUUGAUAAGAAGGUUCCCACAGGAGCCGGGCUUGGAGGAGGAAGUAGCAAUGCUGCUACGGCUCUUUGGGCAGCUAAUCAAUUUAGCGGGGGUAUUGCAACGGAGAAAGAACUUCAAGAAUGGUCAAGUGAGAUAGGGUCUGAUAUUCCUUUCUUCUUCUCUAAUGGAGUAGCAUAUUGUACUGGCAGGGGUGAGGAAGUUAAAGAUGUUCCACCGCCAAUACCUUUGGACACUCCAAUGGUCCUAAUAAAGCCCCCAGAAGCGUGCUCUACUGCCCAAGUUUACAAGUGCCUUCGUUUGGAUCAAACUAGCAAGGUCGAUCCAUUGUCUUUGCUGGAGAAAAUCUCAAGAGAGGGGAUCUCUCAAGAUAUUUGUAUCAAUGAUUUGGAGCCUCCUGCAUUUGAAGUUCUUCCAACUCUGAGAAGAUUAAAACAAAGGAUAAUUGCAGCCAGUCGUGGGCAAUAUCAUGCUGUUUUUAUGUCUGGAAGCGGGAGCACUAUUGUUGGGAUUGGUUCUCCAGAUCCGCCACAAUUUAUCUAUGAUGAGGAAACAUACAAGGAUGUCUUCAUAUCUGAGGCUACCUUCAUCACUCGAGAAGAGAACGAAUGGUAUUCAGAGCCUACUUCGGGCUGUUCUACUGGCUCAGUUGCUGAAUUCUCGCGGCCACUGAGUGACGGAAUUGCACAAUAAAAAUGAUGUGUUGGAAGUACGUAAUUUUGCGGUAAACUUUCAGAUAGAACUUCAUACCGUGUAGAGCAAAUUUAUCGCUACAACCGCUGAAUGAAGGAGAGUUUUAAGCUCAUCUUUUGCUGCACAUAACAACUCAUUGAUGUCCGGACGAAGGAGUAAUCUUCUUUUCGGGUGGAGUGCGCUGGAUUUGCUUCUUUCUGGCGCUAAGUUUGAUAGCUAUAAAUAUAUAAAAAAAUCUGAAAAAAAUUCAUGAGUAACCUAGACAAAAUUUUAUCGAGAUUCAAAAAAAGAAACACCCAAAUUGGACUUCUGUAGCCAAAGAAAUCGUCUCCAAAGUCAAGUGAAAAACUGGAUGAAUUCUAACCGUUUUGUUUUACCACCAAAACGCGAUUUUUUCUGAUGGAUCUCUUCACUAAAUCUCCGAUACCAAAUGAUGUAAGUGUAAAAGACACCCUCCAAAUUGUUGGAUGAUGAAUCUAAACUCAAGGACCCAAAAGUACUCACAAGAACACUUGAAAACACUCGAAACUAAGAUAGUUACCAAAUCACAAGGACAAAUUUAAUGGUCUGGGGUUCUAAGCCAGAGAUAAGACUCAAAACAUAAACUAGAAACACAAGGUUUUUUUUUAUUAUAAUCACUCAAAGCUGAUUUCUUAUUACUAUUAACUCUCUAUAUAGUGAAUGAGACCAACAAGAUAAUGAAAAGACUACUAACAAAACCCUAGGGAAAACCGUCCAUAUUGUAACGGCUUAGGAAUUAUACAUAAUCUCCAUCUUGUAACGGUUUAGGAGUUAUACAAUGUCCUUAGUAGCUUUUAAGGAGUUUCUUUUUUGAAUCUGCUUAUCUUUCCUGAAUUUUUAUAAUCUGUAAGCCUUUGAGAGUGCCAAGGCUGUUUUUACGUUUUCGCUCGGUUGUUUGAAGUUACGCGCAGAUUCUUUAUUGUAACUGUAAUAGUCUAGCAAUAUAGUAAAAUCAUGGUGGAUGCCGAACUUGCUAGGAUGUUACAAGUCAUAACUCAAAGGUUAGAGACCAUGAUACAUGUGCAUCAAGGCGACUCAAAACCUUAAAAUUAGAUGAUAUUUUCAGUUACUGGAUUUGGAUCAUCUUAAGAUUUAGGGUUGCUCAAGCCCAAGUUUGUCACUUAGUUUACGUAGGAGUAUGAUUGACGCCCAUUUGGAGAUGCUUUCUUGUCGCUACCUUAGAACAUGGAUGUCUGAAACAUGGAGAAGAUGGCGUGUGUUUGUUAAUGCCUCUUUUAUUUGCUAAGUGUGCUUGAUAAUAUUUUGUAACAAGGCUUAGAGGAGUUAGUAGCUUCCUCAUGAAGGCCGUUUGUUUUGUAUGAUUAAGAGAGUUUUAAUCUCAUAUUUCGCUCAUCAUUUACCGCACAUAACAACUUCUUGAUGAUGCGUUAGAGGGCUUGAAUAAGGAGAUUGUAUAACUCCUUAACCGUUACAAUAUGGACGGUUUUUCCUAGGGUUUUGGUGACAGUCUUUUCAUAAUAUUAGUGCUCUCAUUUACUUUAUAUAGAGAGCUAAUUGUAAUAAGAAAUCAACUUUGAGUGAUUAUAAAAAAAACCUUUUAUACCCCAAACCAUUGAGUUUGUCCUUAUUGUUUGGUAACCAUCCUAGUUCCGAGUGUUUUCCAGUGUUCUUGUAUGUAUUCUUGGGUCCUUGAGUUUAGAUACAUCAUCCAACAAUUUGGAGGGUGUCUUUAGACUUACAUCAUCUGGUAUCGGAGAUAAGAUUCAUCGUAAAAAUCACAUUUUGGUGGUAAAACAAAAUGGUCAGAAUUCAUCCAGUUUUUCACCUGACUUUGGAGGAGGAUUUCUUUGGCUAAAGGAGUUCAAAUCGGGUGUUUCCUUUUUCAAAUCUGAAGAUUUUUUCUAGGUUACUCAUAAAUUUUUUCAGAUUUUUUUAAAUAUAUUUAUAGCUAUCAAACUGGGCGCAUUUGUUCGGACCGCGACAAAACGGAAGGAAAACAACACACUGGAUUUCAGACUAAGAUUUGUCCUUCAUUCGGACAGCUUUUAAGGAGUUUUUUUUUUCGACUUAUUUUUCCCCGAAUUCUAAUAAUAUGUAAGCCUUUAAGAGUCUCAAUGUUAUUUUCAGUUUCGAGAACUUGUUAGAGGUAGACUCGGCAUCUUGUUCACCUGCAAAUCAGACUUAUAUUUUCUCGUGCCUCUCCCUGAGAGUCUCUUCUCGAUGUGAGCCUUGAAAAAGGUUCUAAGUUUUGUUAGUUUUCAUCACUUGUAAUUGUAAUAUUUCUAGCA